ACUAUGAACAGAUGAAAGCACUAGUAAAUCAACUCCAUGAGCGAACACAGACUAUAAAACUAGGAGGUGGUAAGAAAGCUACAGCACUUCACUUGUCAAGAGGCAAACUCUUACCCAGACAAAGAGUGGAUGGGCUUCUAGACCCAGGGUCUCCAUUUCUGGAAUUAUCCCAGUUUGCAGGUUACCAGCUGUAUGGGAAUGAAGAGGUCCCGGCAGGCGGCAUUAUCACAGGCAUCGGGAGGGUGUCGGGAGUAGAAUGCAUGGUUGUUGCCAACGAUGCCACUGUCAAAGGAGGUACCUACUACCCAGUGACUGUGAAAAAGCAUCUACGUGCACAAGAAAUUGCACUGCAAAACAGGCUCCCCUGCAUCUACUUAGUUGAUUCAGGAGGGGCAAACUUACCUCGACAAGCAGAAGUAUUUGCAGAUCGAGAGCACUUCGGUCGCAUAUUCUAUAAUCAGGCAAUUAUGUCUUCUAAAAAUAUUACCCAGAUAGCUGUGGUCAUGGGCUCCUGUACAGCAGGAGGUGCUUACGUGCCUGCAAUGGCUGAUGAAAACAUCAUUGUGCGCAAACAGGGCACCAUUUUCUUGGCAGGGCCCCCAUUGGUCAAAGCAGCAACUGGAGAAGAAGUGUCAGCUGAGGACCUCGGAGGUGCUGAUCUUCAUUGCAGAAAAUCUGGGGUAACGGACUACUAUGCAUUGGAUGAUAAUCAUGCCCUUCACUUAACUAGGAAGAUUGUGAGGAACCUAAAUUACCAGAAGAAGUUGGAUGUAACCAUUGAGCCUUCUGAAGAACCUUUAUUUCCUGCUGAUGAAUUGUAUGGAAUAGUUGGUGUGAACCUUAAAAGGACCUUUGAUGUCCGAGAGGUCAUUGCUAGAAUUGUGGAUGGAAGCAGAUUCAGUGAAUUCAAAGCCUUGUAUGGAGACACAAUAGUUACAGGAUUUGCUAGAAUAUUUGGAUAUCCAGUAGGUAUCAUUGGAAAUAAUGGAGUUCUCUUUUCUGAAUCUUCAAAGAAGGGGGCUCACUUCGUCCAGUUAUGCUGCCAGAGGAAUAUUCCUCUGCUCUUCCUUCAAAACAUUACCGGAUUUAUGGUUGGUAGAGAGUAUGAAGCUGAAGGAAUUGCCAAGGAUGGAGCCAAGAUGGUGGCUGCAGUAGCCUGUGCCAACGUGCCCAAGAUAACUGUCAUCAUUGGGGGGUCCUAUGGGGCAGGCAACUAUGGGAUGUGUGGUAGAGCCUAUAGCCCAAGAUUUCUCUACAUGUGGCCAAAUGCUCGGAUCUCCGUGAUGGGAGGAGAGCAGGCAGCCAAUGUGCUGUCCACAGUAGCAAGGGACCAAAGAGCAAGGGAAGGGAAACAGUUCUCCAGUGCUGAAGAAGCUGCUUUAAAGGAACCCAUCAUCAAGAGAUUUGAAGAGGAAGGAAACCCUUACUAUUCCAGUGCAAGGCUGUGGGAUGAUGGGAUUAUUGAUCCAGCAGAAACCAGAAUGGUCCUGGGUCUCAGUCUUAGUGCUGCCCUCAAUGCACCAAUCCAGAAGACCAACUUUGGCAUCUUGAGGAUGUAACUGGAAUAGCAAGCGUCUUUCACUGGCCAUGUGCCCAAAAUUAAUACAUGAGUAGCCUUAAGAUUUUAGACUUUUCAACAUGUAGUUGUUACAGUAAUUGUUUCCUCAACAUGAUACAUUGUACUUUCCUAAUGAAAAAAAAAUCAGUGAAGAUAUUUAUUUGGUAAACCUCAAUUCUUUGGAGAUUUUCUCAGAAAAUUAUUUUUUGUGGCUCAGCUUUACUACCUUGUAAAUUCCAGGUAUUACUGAGGUUAUGAAA